CUCGAGCUCGUUCUUUGAAUUUGUAGUUUGCCUUUUCCACCGGCUGUCUCUAGGUUCCAUUGACCCUCAAGUCCAUUUGUGAGAGGACACCAGGGCGCCUUCGGAUCUUCAAGAGAGAUCCUACAAUCGUUCAUCGCGGCCCUCAAGCGGAAUUACCCUAUAGAAAACGAAAUGGCUGACGCACCCGAGGCUGGAGAGCCUCAUGCUCGGAUGAAUCAACCUAUUGAUGUCGGAACUCUGCAGCUAGGGGACAACAACAUCAAUAACGGGAAUAUUGGUCACAAUCUAGCGAUUAAUGGUAGUAUUAGCAACACCAUCCAUAACCAUUAUUAUGCAUGUGGUUUGAACCACCCAGGCUGCAUCGGACGUGAAGCGUCGCCAGCCGGGCCACGCGAGUCUACAGACGCGGAAUCCCCGCUCAAGCACGUUGACGCCGGCCAGCAUGCAUGUGAUUCGACCUGUCGUUUUGCUUUCGAGGCACAAACACUGCGCUACCUCGACACCUUACCUUUGGGGCUUCACCCACUAUUGAAAGAUAUCUACGAUCCGUUGCGCUUUGGAUAUCUCCGGAAGACAGAGGCGGAAAAUGACGGCACGGAAAAUCCACCGCCUUCCAACAGUACAUUGCUGAAUUAUAUUUGGGGAAUGGAGAUGGUCUUUGACCUCAAGAAGCCCAUGAUUGAUCUCCACUGGUCGGAGUUAACCAGGGUCCUAAUGAAGGAGGAACCGAACCUCGAUGAAGAUGACCGGCGUUCGAAAUAUUGGCGCCUUCUGAGUAUAAGAUAUCUACUAUUCGAGAGCUUCCUUGCUCGUCGCUAUGCCGCCACAGCGAUCGGCCUCAAGCCGAAGCCGGACCAAUAUCCCUCACUCGUCGAGAACUUGUUUUCGACUCUGAUCAGACCCUUACCCAUCGUUAUCAAUAGUGAUGGGAACGCCCAGGAUCCCCUGGAUGCUACAUUUACGAGGCGCUUUGUGGACGCCCUCGAUCUACUCGACUUAUUUGAUUACACGGAGGUGCGCCUUCGAUAUCGAAAUGGCUUUGAAAGAGCAUCGGGCGGGCAGAUGGGGGUUCCAAGCGCUCCCUUGGUUCCACCCGCUGCGUCUUAAGUAUAGCCCAAGGGCUUCCGGUCUUCUCCUCGGCGGGAGCGACGGAUCCCAGGCUAUACUUGAUAAAUCCUUUUCAACAACCCGAAAAAGUGUCGUGACAGGCGUCGCCAUUGCGAAUCUCCUGAGGCCCAACGCGAUACGAUUGAAAAAAACACAUCACCAACAGAAACAAAACGUACUACACCAAACCUACCGGACACACAGAUCGGUGGCUGGUUGUCGGCAUAGUACACACUAGGAAAAACACAUCACCAACAGAAGGGAAGAUUCGAUUCAUUCAAUCGAGUACACGAUAGAAUGACAUGACAGAACUCCCAUAAAAAAGAGGUGCUAGAUCGUGCGAUACGAGAGAAUCUAUGCAUUUAAUCGCUCC